AUGGAAGAAUACGAUUCGGACCAUAUUGCGCUCAUAACAGCGAUCAAAAAUGGAAAGUUCGACGAUGCGAGUGAAAUUUUGGCGCGCGAUCGCGAAAAUAAAUACGUACGUCCAUUAGGAAUUCUUCAAAUAACAGCUCUGCAGAUGGCUGCGUGGCAAGGAAACAUAGAUCUGUUGAAUCAACUCUACAAAAGAGGCGCCGAUAUAAACAGCAUAGAUAAUAUUGGUAGGUGCGCAUUUUAUUACACAGCGUACAGCGGUAAUGCUGAUGUGACAAAGUGGCUUCUUGAGCAUGGAGGAGACGUCGACAUCAAAAUCUGUAUCUACUCAUCUAAGAUCGACAUCCCUGAUAGUUUAUACACCGCGAACAUAAAAUAUAGCCCGUUAGAAAAACAGUUGCCAAUACCCGACUGCAAAGGACGAACGCCCUUGCAUUAUGCGGUGGAAAAUAAUCACGCAGCCGUUGUGCGCGUUUUAGUCGAAGACGUAGUAAAUGUGAAUGUUGAAGACGAGCUCGGGAUUAUUCCGUUACUCUUAGCAGGAAGCACGGUGAAAAGCUACGAUCUCAAUGAGAUGACUAAGUUCGUCGAAAUCGUUAAAAACCUAGUGGAAGCGUGGGCGUUUGUUAACGCUGUUCAUCCGGAAACGGGUAACACUGCUGUGUACCGUGCGAUAGAGCUAGGCAGUGCAGAAGCAACGAAGAUAUUAUUAUUACAUGGUGCAUCCCCACUCUAUAAAUGCCAGAACUCCGGAAGUACACCUCUUCACAUCGCCGCGAGUACAGGGAAUAUUGAAACCACGGUUCUACUUAAAACAAUUUCACGCCCGUUCAUUGACAUACACGAUCAGAACAAUCAUACUGCUCUUCAUAGAGCAGUUUAUCAGGGUCAUCGCGAGUGCGUACAAGCUUUGCUCAGAUGUGGAGCUAAUUUAGCUGAAGAAACAGACACGGGAGUCACCGCCGUGGAUGCGUUAUUUCAUCAUAUUGCGCAACCAUUCGACUUUUUAACAGACGUCUUGAAUUCUUGCGUACAAAGUCUUGCAACCGAUAAUUCUGAUACAAAGAAAUACGAGAAUAUCAUUGUCGACUUUGGUAUAUUGGCUCCAAGAGAUCAGGCGCAAAUGGAAGUAGUCACAGCCAUUAUUGCCGCAACUUCGGAUAUGAAGCAACUGGCAAUAUUACAGAAUCCAGUUGUAGAGACUUUUCUAAGAUUAAAAUGGGAGAGAUUAAGAAUAUUUUUCUUUCUUCUUAUACUUACACACUUGUCCUUUGUUAUUUCUCUUUCGAACUAUGCUUUAAUGUUUGCACAAAAUGAUGCUGAUCACGUGGCGACUCGAAGAAUAGUAGCAACCUGUCUUUUGCUUCACAAUAUAAUUCAAAUUAUAUUAGAACCAAAGUAUUAUUUGAGACAACUAGAAACGUGGUUGUCAUUCAUAUGCGUCAUACUAUCCUUGAUAAUAUCGAUAGCGGGAGGGUUCGCAAAGUGUUCAAAGGAAGAAAUUGAGUCUCAGCAUUGCAUGGAUUGGAUGCUACAUUCCAUCAGCAUCGCAAUCUUGCUGAGUUGGAUGCAAAUGAUGUUGUUAAUUAGCCGAGUUCUAAUGUGGGGAGAUUACGCACUCAUGUUUUACACGGUGUUAACAAACAUUCUAAAGGUUAACCAAACAUUUGGCUCCUUGAUGAUUGGAUUCGCAUUAAGUUUUGCCGUUCUGUUUCGCGGAAACAAUCAAUUUGUCAAUUUCUGGAGUUCUAUAAAGAUAACUGUGGUAAUGAUGAUGGGCGAGUAUGACUACGACAAGCUGUUUGAAAUUAAAGACGGUAAGAAAAAUUUUCUACCAGUCACAAGUGGAAUCGUGUUCAUGGUCUUCGUCAUGCUCGCCAGUAUCGUUCUGAUUAAUCUUAUGAUCGGUCUGGUGGUCAACGACAUUCAAGGUCUUGAGAAAGAGGGCCACAUACGUCGAUUAAUGAAACAAGCAAAUUUUGUCGCACAUCUAGAAAAAGUGACACACCACUUGUCACACCACUUUUUUUACGGCACUUGGCUACAUCGUCUCUUAAGAAAUUUCUCUGGUAAAAUAUUUCGCUCGAGACGAAAAAUUACUACAACAAUUAUUGUGUCCUCCCGUGAAAAAUGUUUUCGUUAUAUGAAUCGUAUUAUGAUCCCUACGAAGAUUCCAACGCAUCUAAAAGAAGCUUUAUUUUCGUUAGCCAAGAAAUCUUUCAAGAACGAUAAUUUAGCAGACAAAAACAAGGAAAUUAACGCUUCAAAACUGACUUUGAUACUAUCCGAAUUCGAGGAAGAAAUUUGAGAAUUACAAACACAUUGUCAUCAUAAUUUAACGAUUGGAAGAUCGUAGAAACGACGCAGGUUCUCUCAAAAGAAAACCUGUUUCAAAAGAGUCUUAAAAAUAUUUAGUAUAUUGCAAUCAUUUUUCCGUGUACUGAACUAUUAAUCUUUUAGCAACAUUUAUUAUACUCAUUAAAGUACUAUAAAAAAUUUCGUAACUGUAUUUUUUCAAAAAAGAUAAAAAAGGUGUGUAGGUGUGUGUGUGUGUGUGUGUGUGUGUGUGUGUU